AUGGCUUACCGACCUGCAGGCGAUGAAGAUGAUUUUGAUGAUGACGGUUUUUACCUUGACGGAGAUGAGAUUAUUAAUGAAUUUAACGGGGCUGGGACUGCAUCACAAUUUAAAAACCCCACCAUUCAAAACAAACCUGAGUCACAUGCAAAACUGAAGCCCCAACAAAAUGGUUUUGGUCGACGGUUCCCACCACGGAAUAGUAAUCAACAUGGUCGAAUGUCCAGCAUGUUACUGGAGAAAUUCAGAACUGCUGCCAUGCGGGGUAACAUUGACACCAUUGAAGACUGUCUGAAGAAUGGUAUUGGUGUGGACCAGCUUCUCAAGUGUGGCUGGACAGCCUUGAUGUAUGCAGCCACCGACUCCAGUGCUUCCCUUGUCAAGUUUCUUCUUGACCACGGCGCAGAUCCUAAUUUACAUAGAGAUUUGUACACAGUUUUGAUGGCAGCCUGCAGCUCUAAAAGAGAUGAAAAAUUGGUUUUGGAAUGUGUGGAAAUGUUGAUAGAAAAGAAAGCUGUCAUUAAUGCUGAAGACAGAUACCAUGUAUCGCCGCUGAUUUGUGCAUCUCGAGAAGGUCACGUGUCGGUGGUUGAGAAACUACUAGAUAAUGGAGCUGCUAUUAACAAGCAGGAUUCACGGGGAUACACUGCGCUGUCAUGGGCUACUCACAGAAAACAGAAGGGUGUUAUAAAGCUGUUACUGCAACAAGGUGCUGAUCCCCUCAUCAAACAUGCAGAUGGUCUUACGGCUAGAGACCUCGCACUCGGGAAUGAUGAGAUUAUUUCCAUGUUGGAAGGUGACAAGUCAAAAAGCAACAAUUAUGCAAGUUGUUUGUCGGAAGAUACUUCAAGUGAAUCUGUAACGCAACCUGUCUCUGUCAAGGAACCAGAUAACACCACAGACAGUUUCAAGCAGUUUGAUUCUCGUCAUGGAGAGGUAGAAGUGUUUCUGUAUGGCCUUGACCUUGGGGAACUUGUGCCUCUCUUUCAAGAACAGCAUGUCGACUUUGAGACAUUUCUGCGAAUGACUGAACAGGACCUUAUCAAUAUGAAAAUUACUCAGAUCGGAUGGCGGAAGAAGAUUUUGGACGGAAUCCAAGCAGUUCACAAAAAGGACUGGGAGGCAACCAGUCUACUGUCAGCACAGUACAACAAACACAUUGGCUGUGCUGACGCCAUUGCCAUGGUAGCUAACAUAUCCAAACACUUGCGGUACAUCGGCAGCACUGUGGGCUACAUCCAUGACCAGAUAAAAGUACACCCAGAGAUUCUCUCUGAGAUUAAGGAUGGAACAGGACCCAUACAGUUAAGACGGCACAUGGAGGAUUCCGUGAGAAAUGUGGCCAAACUUUCCGAGGAGAUAGACCGACUUCAGACCAGAUUGAACAGGGAGCUCAAAGACCGAGAACUCAACCCACCAGAUGUCAUCCAACGAAGGAAAAGUAAAUCUAAGUGGUCUAAAAGAAAAAUGACAGUUUUCUCAAUGACUGUGAUCGGUGUUGGAGUAUUGCUGUGGAAGAGAGACCUAGUGUUUGGGAAAUUCGCCCUUAUCGUGGACAGAGUUUCAUAUCCAACAUGAUCACUGUUGUGAUUUUAGGUUGUGAUAGUUACAUUGACAUAGAAAUAUUAUAUUCAAGUUAAAUCAUUUGUGUGUGGAAUAAUCAGUACCAUUCCCUUUAAGGUUGAAAAAAGUUCCAACUCAAGCUCCCUAGAUUUUUGUUUUGCACCUCAGAAGUCGGAGGAUUAGAUAGAAGUGUUUUACUAUUCCAGUGGAAGUGAUGGUGUCAAUGUUUGCUCUUGACUGUACUUCAAAAGGCCAUUGUAUGUACAGUCCUGUCUGUGAAAAACUGCAUAUUAAAGAUCCCUGGUGUGUGCUCACAUCUGUAGAAAAACGCUUGUAACAGACAACAGGCUGCUGAAAGGUCAAGAGAUCUGCAAAGAAGAAUUUUAAAAAGCCAUGAAUUUUUCUGCUGCAUAAACGAAUUGUUCCUCAAAAAAGCAGACUGCGUUUCAAAUCUGUUGAAGAGAACACUUUCAUAUCACCACGCUACAGAAUAAGGUGGAUGUUAAUAAAGUGGAUGUUAAUAAGGUGGAUGUUAAUAAGGUGGAUGUUCUUUGAACAGCCAUUAGCAGAAAUGUAUGAUUAACAUUUGUAAUGUUUAAUGACACCACUAGAGCACAUUGAUUAAUUAACCAUCAGCUAUUGGAUGUCUAAGAUUUGGUAACUGACAGGUUUUACAGGAUUAGCAGUAUGGGAUCUUUUAUAUGCACUUUCCCACAGACAGAACAGCACAUACCAUGGCCAUACCAGUCAUAGGGCAAUGGUUGGGACAAGAAUAAACCCAAUUGGUCAGUCAAAAAAGGUUUAACCCUAUGACUCGAGAACCUCAAACGAAAGCUCUACCAACCAAGCUAUAAAUCCCACCCAUGCAGUGAUUUCUAUACCCAACAUUAAAAAUAUUAUGUAGCAUAUUAUGUGGAAGACUGUAACUGUAUAAAGUGUAAGUAGUGUGCAAGAUUCACUUGGAUUUAUUACAGCUGUACCAUUUUUGAAAAAAAAAAACCCCAAGCAUAUUAAAUAUUCACAGUUUGAAUAAAGCAGUGCAUGUGGUCAUCUUUGAAAAUAUAGUAGUUUAAUGUAACCUGCAAGUUGUUUGGUAAAAGUUAAAAUAUUUAAAGAAUUUAUUAUUUAUAUAAAUGUUUUUAGAAAGUUUGGCUGAAACUAAAUUAUGAGUCAUUAAAGGGACAUUCUUGAGUUUGCUGCAUUGUAAGAUGUUUCCGACUAAUAAAAUAUUUCUACGAUUAAACUUACAUAUCAGAUAUAUUUUCUUGUUUAGAAUAUCAGUGUCUGUAUAUUCAA